GGGCGGUACAGCUUCCUGGGGGCGCAGCCCAGCUUGGAGGUUGUGGUGCAUGAAAACCGGGUGGUGGUGCUGGACCACGGCAAAGGCACGCGCACAGUCACUGAGGAGGAAGACCCCAUGGAAGUGCCAGUGCGCCUGAGCAGCAACUGGCGGGCUGUGCCAGUGGGCGACCUGCCAGGUGCGUUCACUGGUGGGUGGGUUGGCUACGCAGGCUACGACACAGUCAGGUAUGUGUAUAAGGACAAGCUGGCCUUUGAUUCAGCGCCUGAGAACGACCGCGGCCUCCCCGACAUUCAUCUCGGAUUGUACGACCGUGUGGUGAUCUUUGACAACGCCGCAAAGCUUGCCUAUAUUGUUGUGUGGGUCAGCACAGAGGCGCAUGCGUCUCUGGAGGAGGCUUUCCUGCAUGGUGUGGCUCAGCUGAAGCAGAUGUGCGAACAGAUCUCAAAGAAGAAUGCGCCACAGCUGUUAGAGGGCAGUGUGGGGCUGAGCCUCAACAAGCAGCCUGCACACCCUUCAAUCUCAGACAUGACAAAGGAAGAGUACUGUGAGGCGGUGGAGGAGACCAAGGAACACAUCCAGGCGGGAGACAUCUUCCAGCUGGUCCUUAGUCAGAGGUUCGAACGACGCUCAUUUGCAGACCCCUUUGAGGUGUACCGUGCACUGCGGGUGGUCAACCCAUCACCAUAUAUGGUGUAUCUUCAGGCCCGUGGAUGCAUAAUGGUGGCCUCUAGCCCAGAGAUCCUGUGCAAGGUGGACAGCAACCGGGUGAUCACCAACCGCCCCCUGGCAGGUACACGUGCACGGGGUGCCACACCCGAAGAAGACAAGGCGCUGGAGGAGGACCUGCUGGCAGAUGAGAAAGAGUGUGCGGAGCACGUCAUGCUCGUGGAUCUGGGGCGAAAUGACGUGGGCAAGGUGUCAGAGCAUGGCAGUGUGAGCGUGGACAAGUUCAUGGAGAUCGAGCGGUACAGCCACGUGAUGCACAUCAGCUCCACGGUGACUGGCAAGCUGAGGUCGCACCUGACUGCCUGGGAUGCGUUGAGGGCGGCGCUGCCAGUGGGGACGAUCAGCGGCGCGCCAAAGGUGCGGGCGAUGCAGAUCAUCGACGAGCUCGAGGUGCACCAGCGGGGGCCCUACGGGGGCGGCAUCGGCCACGUGUCCUUCACGGGCGAGCUGGACAUGUGCCUGGCGCUGCGCACGAUGGUCAUACCCACUGCGGGCGUGGACACCAUCUACAAGUACGACGGCGCCAAAUCCAGGCGGGAGUGGGUGGUGCACAUCCAGGCAGGUGCGGGCCUCGUGGCGGACUCUGUUCCCGAGAUGGAGUAUGAGGAGUGUCUAAACAAGGCAGCAGCGUUGGGGAGGGCUCUGGACCUUGCAGAGCAGGCUUUCCUAGGUCAGGAGGAGGGGAACUGA